GUGCAAGUGUGGUCUGCGGUCUUGGCAUUUGCACUUUCGUGAGAGACUGUCGAAACUGCGGGCAGCAAAGCAGCAGUUCAACCACACAACACUUCCAAUUCCAACACCUGUCGCCUUUCCCAACCCUCCACCGUCGACAAGUCGCCUCGAAAUCAAUCCGGCACAAUGGGUCACGCAGGAGGUCUUCGAGCCGGCACGCGGUAUGCGUUCAGCCGUGAUUUCCGCAAGAAGGGCGCAAUUCAUCUGUCGACCUACUUGAAAACCUACAGAGUCGGAGACAUUGUCGACAUCAAGGCCAACGGCGCUGUCCAGAAGGGUAUGCCAUACAAGGUCUACCACGGCAAGACCGGUGUCGUUUACAACGUUACCAAAUCCGCCGUCGGCGUCAUCAUCUACAAGAAGGUCGGCAACCGAUACCUCGAGAAGCGUGUCAACGUCCGUGUCGAGCACGUCAACCACUCCCGAUCGAGAGAAGAAUUCUUGAACAGAGUCAAGUCGAACGCCCAGCGCCGCCGUGAAGCCAAGGAGAAGGGCGAGUCCGUCCAGCUCAAGCGCCAACCUGUUGGCCCGCGCCCGUCCCACGUCGUCGAGUUGACCGAGCUCGAGUCCCUCGCACCACAGCCUUACGACACUGCCAUCUAAACGAAGUUGUUCUCGCGUUUGUGGAAGGGUGGAAUGUGCUUCUUGGGUGUGUGUGGACCAGUACUUCGGAUUCGAAGUUUCCAAUUCGCGGAUCUCGAAUCUGGUCUCUUGUGGUUGAGCUUUCUCAAGCCGCUCUUGCUUAGCCAGCGGUCAGUGGAGGGGUGGUGAACCUUUGAGAAAGUGCUCGGAAAGUCAAUGCUUGAGAUGCUGCGAAACAUGCUUGGGUCCAUGGAUGGAUGGGACCUCAUCAGCAAGCAAUAGAAAGAGUGCCAGUAUCGAGGCAGGCCGCAGGCCUGUCUUGCUAUGAGAGUUAACGAUGCCGGUGGUGGUACAACAACCAUCACCACAUGCAUUUCUCCAUCUGGUUACAAAAAUGCCUACGAUCAAUUGCAAUCAAGAGAAUUUCUUCACCUG